CAGGUCCAAGAUGGCGGCGGCGGCGGCGGCUCCUCCGGCCCCAUCUCCGCCUGCCCCUCCUCCGGCGGGCCCGUGCUGCCCGGGCUCCUGGCCUAACUUCGCCGUCGUCUGCUCCUUCCUCGAGCGUUACGGGGCUUUACUGGACCUGCCCGAGCUGCCUUUCCCCGAGCUGGAGCGCGUUCUGCAGCCGCCGCAGGAGCCUGGAGAUCAGGUUCCAAAAGAAUUGGUGGAGCUUCACUUGAAACUGAUGAGAAAGAUUGGCAAGUCUGUCACAGCAGACAGAUGGGAAAAAUAUUUGAUCAAGAUAUGCCAAGAAUUCAACAGCACGUGGGCUUGGGAGAUGGAAAAAAAAGGAUACCUGGAAAUGAGCGUUGAAUGCAAACUGGGGAUUCUGAAGUAUCUCUGUGAAUGUCAGUUUGAUGAUAACCUCAAGUUCAAGAAUAUCAUAAAUGAGGAGGAUGCUGAUGCCAUGCGCCUUCAGCCCAUCGGUCGUGAUAAGGAUGGUCUCAUGUACUGGUAUCAGCUGGAUCAAGAGCAUAACGUCAGGAUGUACAUAGAAGAGCAGGAUGACCAGGAUGGAUCCACCUGGAAGUGCAUUGUUAGAAACCGCAAUGAGCUCGCUGAGACCCUGGAGCUGCUGAAAGCACAGAUUGAUCCUGCCCUGUUGAAACCCAGCAAUGCUCAGCAGGAGAAUUCAUCCCGUGAAAGCCCCAGCCUAGAAGAUGAAGACACCAAAAAGGGUGAAGAAGCAUCUACACAAGAAAAUCAAGUGAAAAUCAAAGAAGAGAAAGAAGAGGUGGAGGAACAGGUGAUGGAAUCAGAAACCCUCCCUGUUCCUGCGGUCAAAGAGGAUGAAAACACCCUGAAAAUGGAGAAGGUGGAAGAAAAAGAAAUAAUCAAGUUGCCAGUAAUAGUAAAAUUAGAGAAAGCUUCAGAAUACACUGAAGAGAAGCAAACUGUCAAAGAGGAAAGCGACUCCUUCAAAGAAAACGUCAAGCCUGUUAAAGUGGAGGUGAAGGAGAACAAAAUAGAAUCAAAAGACUUAAAAGAAGUCAAAAGUUGCACGGAUAAAAUGGCAGUUCACGAGCCUGAGAGGUUAGAGUUUUGUGUUAAUGUCAGAACUCCCCAGGAAAUAGUGGAGAAAUCAGUGGAAGAAAGUGAGAAGCUGAAGAAUGACCAGCAGGCCAAAAUACCGCUUAAGAAGCGAGAGAUCAAGCUGACGGAUGACUAUGACAGCCCAAUCAAGGGGCCUCUGUGUAAGUGCGUGACUCCAACCAAGGAUGUCUUGAAGGAAGAAGGGAAACCUGAAGAAGAAGCUUUUAAGAGAGUCCCUACAAUCACUGCCUUAUGUCCUGAUGGGAAAGUGCUGGUGAAUGGGGAGGUGAGCUGUGAGAAGCUAACCCCAAGCGUCAUACAGAAUAACAAACCAGAGCACUCUGCUGGUGCGAAGGAAGAGAGCAGCUCCUUGAAGGAGAAAAAUGGGAAGAGUGGGGAAAAGGUGGCAGAGUCCUUGAAUUCCAUUAGCAAAACCAUCAAACUGGAUGAGGUGGAGAAGAACACAGGGACCAUGCUGAAGGAGAGCGGAGCUGUGGCCUCCGAGGCUUCUCAUCAGAAAGUGCCUUUAAAGGAGGAAUUGAGUCCUACAGAGAAGGAGCCCCCUGACACCGCAGCCACUGAUGUGGUAAUGGAAGAGCCUUUGAACCCUGAAGCCUGUGCCAAAGCAAGUGAAGAGAAACCAGCCACAAACAUCAAACAGGAGAGACUCUCACCACCCAAAGAAUGCAUAGAGAAGGUGGAGAAGUCCCCACCUGCAUCUGCUGUGGCAGAGCUGCCCAACCCAGCGCUGUCUGAUGAAGAGGCUUUGAAAGGUAAAGAGGAGUCUGAGGAGAGAGCUGCUUCUCCAAAAGCUGCUGCCAUUCCCCCUGCGCCUGCUUCUCCUGCUGCUUUAGAGAGCUCUGGUUUGGAAAAGGAGGGCUCUGGAAGUAAAUCCCCUCAACCCGAGCAGAGCAAAGAGGAAGGAUCCAGCCCUGAAAAACAAGAGGAAGAGCCAGAAGCUGCCAAGCCAGAGCCAGAUAGAUCAGAUGAUGCCCUUGAGGACUCCUCAGAGAGUAAAAAGGACUCUCCAGUUCCUAAAAGCAAGUUUAAAUAUAAGCUAGUGUCUGAAGAAGAAAGCUGUGCAACAGAUAACAAAGAAAUAACAUCUGAAAGGCAGAAAGAAGGGAUUAAAUUAACCAUCAGGAUCUCCAGUCGGAAGAGAAAGGCAGAGACGCCACCAGAAGAGGUCAGCAUUGGCCGCACCUUAAGGAGAUCCCCAAGGAUAUCCAAGCCCACUCCCAAAAUUGUGGAGACUCGGGAUCAGAAAGCUGACAAAAAGCGUCAGGAGGAGGAAGAGGAGAAACCUGCAGCAGCACAGAAACCGGAACGGAAAGAAGAUGCAAAGAAACAAGAGAAGGAGUCAAAUUCUAAGGUUAACAAGAGAAGCAAAGUCCGGUGGACAGGUACGAGGACACGUGGCCGGUGGAAAUACUCCAGCAAUGAUGAAAGUGAGGCCUCAGAGAGCGAAAAGAACUCGGAGGAGGAGGAAGAGGAGGAAGAGGAGGAGGAAGAAGAAGCUGCCCCUGCUGAUGACGAUGAGCCGUGCAAGAAGUGUGGCCUUCCCAAUCACCCUGAGCUGAUUUUGUUGUGUGACUCCUGUGACAGUGGGUACCACACAGCCUGCCUUCGCCCUCCCUUGAUGAUCAUCCCUGAUGGAGAGUGGUUCUGCCCACCCUGCCAGCAUAAAUUACUCUGUGAGAAAUUAGAAGAACAAUUGCAAGAUCUGGACGUGGUCUUAAAGAAGAAGGAGCGUGCGGAGCGCAGGAAAGAGCGGUUGGUCUACGUGGGGAUCAGUAUUGAGAACAUCAUCCCACCUCAGGAGCCCGAAAUACCCGAAGGUCAUGAAGAGAAGAAGAAAGAUUCCAAAAAGCCCAAAUCAAAGCUGCUUGAAAGGAGAUCCACCCGGACCCGGAAGUGCAUAAGCUACAGGUUUGAUGAAUUUGAUGAGGCAAUUGAUGAAGCCAUUGAAGAUGAUAUCAAGGAGGCUGAUGGAGGAGGCAUUGGCAGAGGCAAAGACAUGUCCAAUAUCACAGGUCACCGUGGAAAAGACAUUUCCACAAUCCUAGAGGAGGAAAGGAAAGAAAACAAGCGACCACAAAGGGCUGCUGCAGCGCGGCGCAAGAAACGACGGCGACUGAAUGACCUGGACAGUGACAGUAACCUGGAUGAGGAGGAGAGUGAAGAGGAGUUCAAGAUCAGUGAUGGCUCUCAGGAUGAGUUUGUUAUAUCAGAGGAGAACCUGGAUGAGAGUGAAGAUGACCCCCCCUCAAAUGAAGACAGCGAUUCCGAGUUCUGUGCCCGCAUCUCCAGGCGACACCUCUCCAGGCCCAUGAGGCAAAGCAGGAGGUUACGAAGGAAAACAGUCAAGAAAAAAUACUCUGAAGAUGAUGAAGAUGAAGAUUCUGAGGAGAAUUCAAGCAGAGAAUCUGAGAGCGGUGAUUACACAGAUUACAGCGACGAUGAUUACCUGGAAACCAGGAGGAGAAGAUCCCGACGGAAUCAGAAGAGACAAGUCAAUUAUAAGGAGGAUUCAGAAAGUGAUGGCUCACAGAAGAGUGUCCGAUACGGGAAGGAGUUAAGGAGGGUCCAUAAACGCCGGCUCUCCACUUCGGACAGUGAAGAGAGCUACACAUCGAAGAACUCUGAAGACGAUGAAUCCACAAAGGAGUCCAAGCGAUUGAUCCGGAAGCGCCGGCGGAGUACAGACGACUACAGUGAGGAGGAAGGGGAAGAGGAGGAGGAGGACGAGGGGCGGCCUGUCCGCAAGCGGCUCAACCGGAUCGAAACGGAUGAGGAAGACACCCUGGAAAACCCCAACGAUGACACAGAGAAACCUGCUCCUGCAAAUAAGCUGCCAGCACCACAAGCUCCUCAAGACAACAGCAAGAAGCACUGCUACCGGAUAGAGAGCGACGACGAAGAUGACUUUGAUAACGUAGGGAAAGUAGAGAGCCCUUUGGACUACAGCCUGGUGGAUUUGCCUUCCACCAACGGACAGAGCCCAGGGAAAACCAUUGAGAACUUGAUUGGGAAGCCAGCUGAGAAGACCCAGGCCCCCAAGGACAGCACAGCCAGCGCCAGCCUGGCGCCCAACGGCACGGGGAGCGGGCAGGAGGCGGUAGGGCCGGAGGAAGAUGAAGAUGAACUCUUGCGAGUGACUGACCUUGUUGAUUACGUCUGUAACAGUGAACAGUUAUAAGACUUCCAUUUUUUUGUGCUAAUUUAUUCCACGGUAGCUCAUACCAGCGGGCCAGUUCUUAAAAGCUCUUUUAUUUUUCCUAGAAAACUCGCCACUACAGUAUCACUUUUUAGAAGCAAGAAUUUCACCAGUCCUGCAGUCUUUCUGUGAAGUGACCAGUUUUGAACUCUGAAGAUGAGUUGCUGUAAAGUCCCUCUCUCUUUAUCCCUUCCUUCCCUUUCUCCUUCCAAGUCCAUGGUCCUGGGUAAUUUCACUCACAAAAACCUUAUAACAACAAGAGAUUUGUAUAUUUUUGACUUUAUAUUUCCUUGAGUGCAUACAAAUUUGUGGAAAUGGGUGGCCUAAGAAAGCAUUCCAAAUCGGUCAGGGCCCAAACCGGAGCUGGGGUGGGUUUGGCUCAAAGCAGGGGGGGGUGGGAAAGGGUGGGUGCAGAAGCACUUGUGCUUUAGCUUUUUCAUAUUGAGAUAUAUAUUAUAUUUAAAUGUUCACAACUUAGAUGACAACUUAACAGACAGUGAAAGAUUAAAUGUCUGUACUGUCGCAUUUUGUGAGUUGUAGGUUAACAACCAUAGCUCAUUUUAGUAAUCACCUUCAUGGAGAUGCAGUUUUGAUUUUGAAUACUGGAGGCAAACAGAAUCCUUAGAGGCCAAGAAGGUACCAUAAACAAGAACUCUACUAUCCAUUAUGACUUGCAGACUUUCCUAAUAAACAUCCUUUAAAGUGUUUGUACAGUAAAGUGUACUGUAAUGAAGUUUUUGGCAGUCCAAACACGCCAUCAAUCUCGAAAGCUGUCUCAUCCGAUGCUCCUCGAUGCACAGUGUCUAGAGGGAGGAUGUAUCAAGGUGAAGCUAUCUGUAAGCUGGAUGGCAUCAGAAGCCUGUACAGACCCAAAGAAGCCUGCAGUCGCUGCCUGGCCACUCGAGUUUCACCGUGUUGGAGUACUCCCAUCGAACUCCAUGCGUGCAAACAGCAGUGACCACCAGAGUGACGGUGCAUCAGAGGAUUGAGGGAUUUACAACUAAACCACCACUGGUCCAUUCAUGUCCUUUAAUAUCUACUUCAAAUUGAAGUAAACAAAUGGAACAGUUUUCCUUUGGGAGGUUUUCUGUUUGGGGUUCGUGUGUGGUUUUUGUUUCGCUUUUACUUCUCCGCCUGGAUGUUGUUAGAGGGUUUUGAAUGUAGUGUUGGCCUUUGGCCACUAGGAUUUCCUUAACCCAUGUUAAUAAUUGUCCUGUGACCCAGCUGGUUUCAAGGAGGCAGUGUUUGUGAGAGAAGACAUCCCAUCACCUUCUGAGUGGGCAUGAAGGGAUCUGUGCUUUUACUCAAGGAUAAGACAAGCCCAACUAACAUGGGGCAGAUAUACAGAGCUGAUGUGUUCUGGGUAGCAUUCAGCUCUCUUCACUCCAGAUGCAGGCUGUAGCAUUUGUUGCAGCACACGGAGAGCUCAGCUCUGCCAAACACUGCAAUCCAGUAAGGUCACAUCUGUUAAUCCUUUUGCUCUGAGAUUGGGAUUUUUGACUGGUGUUGAUGUCCAUUGCCGGCAAUGGAUGCACCAAAACUGCUGCUGCCACCGAGGAGUGAGUUCUCCUUCCCCACCCCAUCCCCUUCCAUUAUAUUGUAUUUCCUAGUCAGUCAUGAAGCACUUCUGUUCUCUUGGCAUUCAACUGGCAUUAGGCCUUUACUAAAUACCUCUGUAGAAAACCCACAUCCCCAAACUCCCUCCUGGCCUUGGAAUUCUGCCCUUUGUUUCCCCAUCUCUUCCUAUCCAAACCACUCUGUGACUCUUCCUCACCUGGGUUCCAGCAGGGCAUAUAUCCUGCUGUAGAGCUAGAAUCAGAUAGAACUCACUCUCUGCUGUGCUAAGCAAGCUUGUACCUUAAAAACAAAUGAGAAAUCACUCUAAAUGAGAACUUGAUUCCAUUCAAGAUUAACUCUUUUUCCACCUUACUGCUGUUAACUGAGCUUUCAUUCCUAAAGCAGGGUGGUGAAAAGCCACAGAAGCACAGGAUGAAGUUCUAAAGAGCCUAUUGUAGCAUUUUAAGCUACUCUAGUAGUUUUCUUUGCUUAAGUGAUGCAUAAAUGUAGUGCUGCUACGUUUCUAAUGCACUUGUGUUUUAAACCAAGCAAGAACGUAGUUUCUGCUUCUCAAUGUUCAUGUCUAAUACUCACCAUGGAAACUGGUCCAUGUGCAGGUGAUGGAUUCUCAUUUGUUUUGGCAGUGCCACAAUCUUCUGCUGCCUGAUGGAGCCUUUUAGUAUCUGAUCAGUGCUGUAGCAAAUGUUCUUGCCUUAGAGUCAUCCCAAAUGUUAAAUACACGGUGGGCGAGUGAUUGUGAACGUAGGGUUGAGAUACUGAAUAUACCAACCAGGAAGAUACCAAGUUAGGGACUGAUGUCAAAGUAGGAAAGACCAGGAAGCAGGAUUGGAGCACUGAAUCUUAAAUCAGGAAUGUCAUGUUUUAAAAGCAGGGAAUGACAAGUUGUGCCCAAGUUUCACAUCUCAAAACCCAAGCUUUUCUCUCUUCUAAGAAGUCAUCUGUGGUAGCUGAGACAGCUUCAUCCCCCCAGGAUGCAGAGUUCCCUCUUACACCAGUGGGAAUGUUGGGUGAGUUUGAACUGCAGGAAAUGCCCUUCAGAAAGUCCUAGCAGCUUUAAAGUCUUCUUUCAUUCCUUUCUAAGGAAAACGUACAAUCUCCUGUUUGGAAAGAUGCCAUUUUCAGGGUUCCCCCUGUGAUUGUGUAUGUGAUUCCAGAGUGGAAGUGUCCUCCUGGGGUCCCCACAAUCUUGUGCUCUUCUCUGUACUGAUGAGAUCAGAAGAUAAAUGCUUUGAGUAAUGAUCUUCAGGUGGCUUUGGCCCUGAUGGAUUUAAAAGUACAACAGGUAUCAGCUGAAUGCACAAAGCAUUUGUUCCACACAGGUCCUCUACUAAAAGCUUUCUCUUUAACUACAAACUCUUUGUAGUGUAACCAAUGGGGGAGAAAGGGAAUUGAUGUCUCUGUGCAGGUUGAAUAGCACUGGUGAGGGGAAGAACCUGGAAAUUGAGUGGAGAAAUGGACUUCUUUGUGUCACCAAGAUAAAAACCAAUGGCCAUUUGUGUGCAGCUCAUGACUGUGAGCAAUAGGUCUGCUCUGUAAUGAACGUGGUGUCUUCAUGUAACCAGAGGGUGGUAGAACAAGGAACUUGGUUUCACCACAGUUGGCUUCUAGUUAUUGACUCUCCUAAACCUGAGCAUCUUCUUGGUUUAAGUAUGGAAAAUGAUGACAUUGAACUACCAAAACCCCCCAGAGUGUUGUAAUCCCAUAGGAAGAUCAGUGCUGAACAAUCAGCUCGUUGCCAGUUGGACUUUGUACAGCUUGAAUUGUGUUGUGAAAUGACUGCAUCUUCCUGGGGUUUAUUCUGUAAUGGAAGGGUUUGCUCUGUUCUGACAGCACCUGAGAGGAACCGAGAUGCUUUCCCCCUAAACUGCUUGUUUAUGAAGUGUGCAUUAAUGUAUCUCAGUUCCUCUUCAUCCAACAGGGGGUAAUGGCUGAGUUGGGCUUGUUUUCUGUUCACUCCUGUUUCUGAUGGCUGUGUCUGAACCCUUGGUUAGAGACCUUACUCACAGAACCUCAAGGGGAAAACACUGUGCUCACAAAAGGAUAAACCAUAUGGCAGAAAGGCUGUGUGUUGUCUUCACCUCUGUCAUUUGGGCUACAUCGGUGUCCAGCUGCUGUUGAACAGCUUGGAUAGUUCAUUGUCAGGGUGUCCAUUCUGUAUCUCUGCUUUCAGGUGCUUAUAACUUGGGUUUUUCAGUGCUCUUCAAUAGCAAAGCCUGAUCUCAGCUUUCAAAUCAUUGUUUCAAUUGCCAUUAUUUUCACUCCUUUUAGGAAAGGGAAUUUUUUAUGGCAUCUGCUUUUUAAAUUCACUUUGUACACAGGAGUUCCAAUAAAUGCUGGCAGUGAGGCCAGCCUCAGUGUGCUCUGCUGAAGGGAUCUGUUAUCUCAUUCCAAACAGCAAUGCAUAGGCCUUGAAAAUGGGGUUUGGUACAUGUGCAGGGACUACUGUUCACUAUUGUCGUGUGAAUAGAAGCCUUGGGUGCCAUGGUUUAGUGUGAGGUGUCCCUGCCCAUGGCAGGGGGUUGGAACUGGAUGAUCUUAAGGUCCUUUCCAACCCAAACCAUUCUAUGAUUCUAUGCUAUGAUGUGCAGUGAGCAGCCAAGGUGUGUAUGUACAUUUGACGUAGGCUCCCAAUUCACUGGGUGUAGGAAACCCUUAACUAUAGAUAAAUAUAUAUAUAUAUAAAAAAGAUCAAAUAUCUUCAACCAGAACAGUCACUUUCUGAAUGUGAUGGGGAAAACUCCAGCAAUUCAUGUGAAGGAGCCCAAGUGCAAUUCCUUCAGUGUUCAAAGGAAGGAAUGCAUUUAGGAUGCAUUCCUGCCUUAGGAAGAGAAGCAUUUAGGAUGUUGUGUGAAGGAUUUGCAGGAUCAAGCCCACAUAUCCCACUGGCCUUUUCUUCCUCCCUUUCCCUAAAGCAGUAGGGACCGUAUCUUACUUAGAAUGUUGGAAGGCAGAAAACAGUAAAUCCAACAGAAAUGAUCCUUUUUUUCUUCUUUUUUUUUCCAUUUUAUACUGAUGUAAGGAAUUCUAUGACUGAUUUUUGGUGCUUUAUAGUUGAGUACCCAAUGUGAGACCUAUUCUGGCUUCAGGAAUAGCUCUCAGCUGAAGCUGGACACGCAGCAGUUGGGGUAUGGAAGGUUACUAAUCACUGCUGAAAACACUCAUCACUUACUAAGCUCUUACUUUACAUCACUUACUAAGCUCUUACCUUAGGUGUAAGUAACUGAGAUAGUUCCAAACAGCAAAAAACCCCCAUGUGCUUGGGACUUGGUUGUCCCAACGCUUCAGAGUAAUUUAACUUAUUUUGUAUAUUGCAAAAGAUGUAUAUUGCUUAGUAUGACACUUAGAAGAUUGUGUACAGCAUCUGGGGGAAAGAAUAGAACACUCUAAAGUAGAGAAGAGGGGUUUAUAAUUGCAUAUGUGGUGUUAAGGCUCCGGAUUGAACUGCAAUGAAAAGCAAGUCCUACACCUUGGGUUUAUGACUAUCAUUUUGUAACUGCUGGCACCCCACACCCCAGCUGAGGAGCAGCAGAGGGGACAGGAGAGCAAUUGGAGGACACACGUGCUCGAGGAAAGCACGUGUGUCUAUGGAUAGAUCUGCUGCUGCUCCAUAGAACCCCAAAGGUUACUAAGGGGAGCUGGGCAGAGCUGCUCUGGCCGGUCAGUUGCUUUACUUGAGCACUUGGCAGCACUUUGUGUAUAGUCGGUCUCACUGGUUCCCCAGGUGCAGACAGAGCUUGCUCCUGCUGUUGGCCCAGCAGCAGGAGAUGGGGAAUGGAUGGAGGGAAGUGGAAUGGAAAUGUGUGUGUAUGCAAACCCAUGCCUUUCGCAAGACAGGUCUUGGAUAGGCCUAACAAUGACUUCUGACUCACCCUUUAUAGCCUGUUAUCCAGUGGAAGGUCUCUGUUUAGGAGAAUCAUCCUGAUACCCUCGCUUUGUUGUUUGUUCCUCUUGCUGCGUCCCACACAACUAAACUUAGCUUAGUCUGUCAGAACUUCGGUGAUUCAAUGGGGAUAAAGUCCUUCUACUAAAACAUACAAUAGGCCUAGUUACCAGUGCACCAUUUGUUAGUUAGAGCAGCUAAAAGUCCUUAAUGAUACUCAUCUGCUACUCAAGCUAGUGGUAGAAAAGGAAAUCAACUCAUAAAGCUAUAAGCCUUGUUUAGUUUUCCACUUCAUACUCGGUAUAUGGACUCUAAACCUCUUGUACAGCAUCUUACUCCUCUACUAUACUCAUUGAAGUGGUACUCCUCCCCCUAACUCCCAUGAACACCAUCUGUUGGCAAUGCCAAUGUGGUUGCUUGUUCCUACCUGUGUUUCACGACCCUCCUACAGCAGGCAGGAGAUGGUGUGUGACACUGGUGUCGGUGCACCCCACAGCUCUCACGAUGCACAGGUCCUGUAUGUGACACAUGGGGUAUGUUCAACAUCCUCAAGUAACACAGGACAGGAUCCUUGCUACGAAACCUGUGAGAACUGGAGCAAACCUCCCAGAAAGGUCUCUUCAAACUCAGAUCUGCUUACAUGAAACAUGGUUCUGUCUCAUUCCUGUGUUGGCAAAGGAACCUGGAGCUACUUAAACCAGUCUCACAGUUGGCCUCGGUUCUGUUUCCUUUAGGAGCGAAUGUGUCAAGUGCCACUCUUUAGGUUGAGCUUAACCCUUGUGUUUCUUGAGUUGUGGAACCUUGGUUUUUCAGUCUCUCUUCAAUCAUGACUCCCUAAAGAGAAAGGACUGAGGGGACCCACACUGUGUAUGUGUGUAUGUGAGGAGGGGGAGAUCCACUGAGCAAACUGGAAGCAUUCUUCUUGUUGCACAUGUAUUGCGUGGUGCUUUCACUGUCUGUUCCCCCCUGGCCACACCAGGAACACCACAAACAUGAUGCGUUCCAACGCCUCCAAAUGGAAGUCACGGUGGCCUCAGUGCUCAAAGGGUUUAACUGCAGUUGAUUAACAGCUCCUGGUCUGGGAUUCACAACCCACUGCUGUUGAAACACUGUAUUCCUUGUAAAUGAAGUCAAAAGACAUCCUCAUGUUAAGGCUGGUGCCAAUACUUUUGUUACUGACUCGUUCAGCGUUGUCUCUCACUACAGUCUGCUCAGAACUCUUUGUGUAUAAGCUGGGCCUGAAGCCGUUUUCUAGCUUGGGGGCCUCCUUGUGUAACUUUUCUUUCAUAAUGGGUUUUGGUUUGUUUUUUGGGUUUUUGUUUUGGUUUUUUUUUGUUAUAAUCUCUACUGUCAUUUCUUUCCUAUAAAUAUGACAUGUAAAUUGUCAUAAUAAAACAAACGUUGAAAUAA